AUGCCAGUAAAAACACAAAAGACCAUGGAAGGAGAAGACGUAUUCAACUCCACAAUGAACACCAGUGCGAUGGACAUCCAUCAGGGCACUCACAGCCUCUGGGAGGUGAUCACCAUCGCCACUGUAUCAGCUGUAGUCAGCCUCAUCACCAUCGUGGGGAACGUUCUUGUGAUGCUCUCCUUUAAAGUCAACAGCCAACUGAAGACGGUGAACAAUUAUUACCUGCUGAGUCUGGCAGCUGCUGACCUCAUCAUAGGUGUUUUCUCCAUGAAUCUGUACACCUCCUAUAUACUGAUGGGCUACUGGGCUUUAGGGAACCUUGCCUGUGAUCUGUGGUUGGCGUUGGAUUACGUAGCCAGCAACGCCUCCGUCAUGAACCUGCUGGUGAUCAGCUUUGAUAGAUAUUUCUCUAUCACGAGGCCUCUGACUUACAGGGCCAAACGGACUCCCCGGCGAGCUGGAAUCAUGAUAGGUUUGGCGUGGCUGGUGUCGCUGAUUCUGUGGGCUCCACCAAUUCUUUGCUGGCAAUACUUUGUUGGAAAAAGAACAGUUCAUGAGAGGCAGUGCCAGAUCCAGUUCUUCUCAGAGCCUGUGAUAACGUUUGGAACAGCGAUCGCUGCCUUUUACAUCCCUGUGUCGGUUAUGACGAUCCUCUACUGUCGAAUCUACAAGGAGACGGAGAAGAGGACCAAGGAUCUGGCCGAACUUCAGGGGGUUAACUAUUCAACAGACUCGGGGGAGACACAACCGCAGAAAACUAUUGUCAGAUCAUGCUUCAGUUGUAAGCUACGGUCAGCUUCACAUGAUCAGAACCAAGCCUCCUGGUCAUCGUCCAGCAGGAGCAAUGCCAAAUCAGCCACCUCCACCAGUGAUGAGUGGUCCAAAGCCGGCCAGCUGACCACCUUCAACAGUUAUGCCUCCUCCGAGGACGAGGACAGGCCGGUGUCUCCAGGAGGCCUCCGGACCUCCUUUAGGAACAAAGCAUGCGAGGCCAGCAAAAGCAGAGUGGACAAUGAGAGCGAGAAGCUCGGCAGCUACAAUGAAGACAGUUUCUAUCAGAUGCCACCAAAGAGCAGCUCUCAGAGGAGCAGCAAGUGUGUGUCCUAUAAAUUCAAACCUGUGGCCAAAGACCCCCACGCGGAGCACCAGAGCAAGAACGGAGACACCAAAAUGAUGUCAUCAGCAUUCUCCUCUGCUGAGUCCAUGAGCGCUCCAUCCGCUUCGUCUACGUCCAAAACCAUGGACUCUUCUCUGAAGAACCAGAUUACCAAGAGAAAGAGGAUGGUGCUGAUUAAGGAAAAGAAGGCAGCUCAGACUCUCAGCGCCAUCUUGCUGGCUUUCAUUCUAACGUGGACGCCUUACAACAUCAUGGUGCUGAUUUCAACCUUCUGCUCGGACUGCAUCCCCCUCUCCCUUUGGCACCUGGGCUACUGGCUGUGCUACGUCAACAGCACCGUCAACCCUAUGUGCUAUGCUCUUUGCAACAAGAAUUUCCAAAAGACUUUCCGCAUGCUGCUGCUCUGCCAGUGGAAGAAGAAAAGAAUCGAGGAGAAGCUAUACUGGUAUGGACAGAACCCUGCAGUCGGCGCCAAGCUGUCCUGA